AUGGCCGAGCAUCAAAUCAUUGUGGAAGACUCCGUGGGGCCCAUAGAUCAUGCCGUGAUUUCUGAGCUUGCCACUCAGCAAGGGGCCUACCCUCAAGGGCUGGCCAAUUCUGUCACCCCUUCUAGAGGGGUCAAAAGGAAGAGUGGCGUCACUGGCAGCGAAAGAGGCACCCACGGUGGGUUCAAACCUAAAUCCCACUUCACAGAAAACGAGAACGUUAUGCUAGUGGAGCUCAUAAUUCGCAACCGAUCAGUUCUAAAGAGUCGUCGACCGGAGGCACAAGUUGAGAGGGCGAAUGCAUUCGAUUCCUUCACGGAAGCUCUCAAUGAGAUGAACCCGGGCUCGCCCAAGACGGUGCUACAAGUGAGGAAAAAAAUGGACAAUUUGGUGUCGAGAGUGAAAAAGCUGAUCGAAGAGCACAGGGAGGUCGGCUACGUCAAGAACAAGAUUCCGGUCUAUCUCAUCAAUCUGGCUAACGAGUUCAUAUUGUGGAACUCUCCUGGGGAGGAGGUGCCCAAUGUCCCCGGUGGUGGCGCCCUUCAUGAUGAUUUCGUCAGUACUGCUGCCGCGUCGAACGCUGGCUUCUCACACGCUCUGCACGCCUCGACUGGACCCAUACAGACCAGAGAGCGAAUGCUACGCAAACACAAGUUGGAGUUAGAAUGUGAACUACUGCUUGAACAGAUAAAGAAAGUGAAGGCUGAGAAUGAGUUCACUGAGGCCAGAUUUGGCGGUGUUGGCGUGCUGUCAUCAAUCAACGAAGAGCAAACACCCGUAUGGCAGUAUUAUACACUGCCUGAUCUCACGACUGGUCGCCAUCGCCCCCGUAACUUCAAGCCUCGAGAUGAACGUAUGUCAGUAGGAGUGCAGACGUACAAGGCCGAUCGAGAAGUGACUAUUGAAGUGGACCCCCGCACCACUGUCAGGGGCUUGCCCAAUAUUGUUGAGGAUGUUAUUAAGUGA